GUUUUGUUCUCCUCCUUCACGGUUUGGUCCGACCGAGAGAGAGAGAUCGUGUUGUUUCGGGUAGCUACCAUCGGCAUACGGCAGGUGAGUUCACUACAGCUCACACGGAGUUUAUAGACUACGAGCCUGGCAGUUUAUCUAUAUCGUGUUAAUUAUACCGGGUGUCCUGGUUUCAGCACCGCAGGUCGUUAACAGCUCCAACAGCACCAGAGGAGAGCGGAGAUUUGAAGAGCCCCUCCCCGCCCAAGGAACAGCCAGAGCGGGUAGAGUCCAAGCGCAGCCCUGUUGUCAGUUUCAGCACCACCAGCAGGGAAGAGCAGAGCUGUCCAAACAUCCAGCAGUUUGUGACCGUUAUCGUCGGUCGGAUCAUCCACACAACACAACACCCCCAAGACAGCUAUAACCGGUAGUAAUCCAGCGGAAAAUAGCCUACAGCCACCGAUUGAGUGGAUAUUUUAUUUCAGAAUGGCGUCCAAAGGAAUGGGAGUUCUCCUUCUGCUCGGGAUUUUUGCUGUGACUGUCUCCCAGAUUUCUGCUUUCCCCACACCUGCCGAGGAUGAUAAAGCUGUAGUUUACAACAGACGACUGACUGAGGAGAGACCAAUCCAGGAGCAGAUUGCAGAGGCAGAUGAUGUGAAAGCAGCAGUGGAGUCUGCAGACACCAAACCUGCUGUGGAGCAUAAAGAGGUGAAGGAGGCGGAACCAGAGCAAGAGAACGAUGACUUCACCCUGCUCAAGUCCCUGGCCGAAGGUCAAAGGUCAAAAGAGACCAAUGAGACGCCGGUCAGAGAGAGCCUGGAGGAGGUGCCUUACUUCCCAGACGAAUCAGAUUCCACCAAGAACCGCCGGCUAGCCGAAGACUAUGACUCAACAAAGAUGGAAAACGGCAAGUACCAAGAUGACCCAGAGAGCUUCAGGCAGGUGGAUGGUACCCCUCUAACGGCUGAAGACAUCGUCCAGAAGAUCGCUACUAAGAUAUACGACGAGGACGACAGAGGGGUAUUUGACAGGAUCGUCUCCAAGCUGCUCAGACUGGGCCUGAUAACAGACAGCCAGGCAGACAGUCUGGAGUACGAGGUAGCAGAGGCUCUUCAGGACCUCAUCACUAAGAACGCAAAGAACAAUGAGAUCGAGGACCUGGGAGGGGACUAUCCCGUGACCCGGGGUGACCAGGAUGACCAGAAUCCCGACGCUAGCAUGGAUGUUACUGGUUCCCCCAACCAUCGGUACGAUGAAGAAGAUGAUGAUGAAGAUCAGGCGGCCAUUGAUGACGACGUGGACAGAGGAGACGGGGAUGACACAGUGGAUAACAACUGGGAUAGAGAGAGUGAGAGAGAAGGGGAGGAGGAGGAGAGGAGAGAGGGAGAGAGAGGUGAGGGAGAAGGGGAGGAGAGGAGCGAGGGAGAGAGAGAUGAGGGAAACGAGUUGAGCCCAGAGGAUGGUCUUCAGGACCUUCAGUACUUCCCCAACUUCUACCGUCUGCUAAAGAGUCUAGACUCAGAGCAAGACGCCCAGGAGAGAGAGACUCUGAUCACUAUCAUGAAGACUCUGAUUGACUUUGUCAAGAUGAUGGUGAAAUAUGGAACCAUCACACCUGAAGAGGGAGUCUCCUAUCUUGAGAACCUGGAUGCUAUGAUCGCUCUGCAGACCAAGAAUAAGCUGGGGAAAACACUGGGGAUCCCUGGCAUCAUCCCUCCUACAGGGAAGACCCCAGAGGACGAUGACAACACCAAGGCAGAGGCGGCCAAGAUGCAGAAGGAGUAUGAGAACCUGAAAGACUCAACCAAGGAAGAUAAAACCCAGUUGGAACCUCAUCACCCAGGCAAGUCUGAGAUCUACUUGGAAGCCAUCAGGAAGAACAUUGAGUGGCUGAAGAAACACAACAAAGACGAGGGCAAAGACGAUUACGACCUGUCCAAAUUGAGGGACUUCAUGGACCAACAAGUGGACUCCUACAUUGACAAGGGCAUCAUCGAGAAGGGUGAGGGAGAGACCAUCAAGAGGAUCUACGGCAGCCUGUAACCUUCAACCAACCUUCAAAUAACCAGCAACCAACCUUCAAACACCUACGACCAACCUUCAAAAAACCUAAUGGAAGUGUAUGACGAUUGAUAAACCUAUGAAUAGGGCCUAGAGUUGUUCCUGUUCUGGUAACAUGGUUUGGAAAAACUCCUGGCUUUACGACUCACUCACACUGAGCAGAAUCCAAACUUGACAAGAUGAUCCCUGAAAGUAACUGACUCUGAUUUUGGUGUGAAUUCUUGCCUUGAUGUCAGUGGGAGUUUGGUGUGAAAGUUUGAGUUCAGCGAGUGGAUCUCAAGUUAGGAUUCGGCCUCUAUGAGAUGAAAGGUAUGACCUUUAUGUAUUAAAAAGAAACUGUUUAGGCAAAAACAUAUUGUAUUUGACAUUUCCAGAAAGCUGGAAUGCAAUAAUGGUAAUAUUAUCACUGAAAGUAUAUAUUCAACUAUACAGCUAGAAAACAAUCAGCAAUAGUCCGAUGUCACUGAAUGGCACUGACUCAAUUGGGAAGGGGAAAUUCAAUAGUUAUUCUGUCAAAUCAACUGACUGACUGAUCUAACUUACUAGAUGACAGCUUUGACUACCUUGAGGAGUGAAAUGUUGACCUACUGAGGGGGAAUGAGUGUUCAACCAUCCCAAUGGACACACACUGGUUGACUCAACGUUGUUUCCACGUCAUUACGUUGAACCAAUUUGGAAUAGAUGUUGAAUUGA